AACUGGGUUGAAGACAUGCAGCUCAAUUUAUCGCUCACUACCUUUAUGCAAAUAAUGAUGAAAAUAAAAUAUUUGUGUAUUUAAUUUUCACACCCAAAUAUAAUGUCUAACCCUUCAAAUGACCGUCGGGGUGUGGAUGGCCUAUUGCGCCCGCCUUCCCUCUUUUCCCUUCCUCCGCCCUUCUUGUGUCUCUGCCAACAUAUGUGAAAUGCAAUCCUUGCCUCUGGUCAGAGAGCAGUUAUUUUAAAACUUAAAACUCAGCCACCUCGAGACGGCCAUGGCCAAAUCAGCUAUGCUAAAAUCGACGCAACCAACUGACCGAUCCUCGAUUAAUUUUGGAAUAAGAGCCUAUUAGAAAAUUAUCAACAGCUUAGAAAAUAUACGAAUCUCAUCCACGAUCAGUUGCUGUUUGUUCUUUCUCUUCUCGCUAGUCUCCAAUGUCUCUCCCUGUAGUUCUUCCCGGAUCGUGUUGCCCUGUUACCGGGGUGUCGUUGGCCUCUCAGCUGGCAGACCCGUCGUUCAGGAGCCGGCCGCCCCGCUGUAUAUCUACGUCUCGCAUGCCUGGUUCUCAGUCGCGGUUACUCCCAGCGCUGCUCCCCGGCCGCCCACUGCUCUCCCUCGGAUUACUGCAGCUGGUUCUCGGCUGCUCGAUGGUCGCGCUCUCUUUCGGAGCUCUCUCUCUCAGCAGUUCGCCACCAAUCCGAAACUCGUGCCCUUUCUGGGCCGGAUCUUCAGUGAUACUGUCAGGGAUCGUUGGCCUCACAACAUGGAGGAGGCCCAUGCUACUGCUGGUGAAUCUGUUCGUGCUGUUGUCAGUGGUGUGUGUCCUCCUUAACCUGGCUGGUUUCAUCCUAUGCUGUCAGGGGGCUCAGCUGGUCUCCACCAUGACCAGCUGCCAACUGAGCAAAGCUGGGGACGUGUGCAACUGCUGUCCUCAAACCCCCACUGUCAACUGCCCUGAGGAGAAACUUCUUAAACUAUUCCCUGGACACUCUUGUAGUACCAUGAAGGUCCUGCUCAAGAAGGUCCUGUUUGCGCUGUGUGCUCUGAAUGCUUUGACCACCGCAGUCUGUCUGGUGGCAGCUGCCCUCCGCUACUUACAGAUCUUCUCCACCAGAAGACCAUGUUUGGAUGAACCCAGGCCAAUCGCAGAGGAGGUGGAGGAGCCCGCUGUCAUCCCUGACCCGGAUGAGUUUGUCCCCCCGGCCCCUCCCCCCUCAUACUUCUCAACUUUCUACUCUUAUACACCACGCCUGGCUCGCAGGAUGUUUGGCGACAGUGUGAUACCGUUACCCCACAUAUAUGGUGCCAGGUUUAAAGGAGUAGAGGUGUUCUGCCCUUUAGAUCCUCCCCCUCCCUAUGAAGCUGUCACUGGUGGCUCUACUGUUGCCGAAGCAACACAGAAUACAGAGAUUCAGAUUCCAAUGACAGACCUGACAGAUUUGGCAGAAGAGUUGACGGACAUCUCAGAGGCUGGUACUUCACUUAGAGACGUUAGUGCCCAAACAGCGGUUGUUCCAUUGUCUUCGUCUCCGCUGUCAACCCCCAUGCACCAGGCAAGGUCUCCCGAGGACACUGCGGUGCCACUCAUCAGGAGUCAGAGGCGUCAGAGGAUCAGACGCUCCAGCAGCGACCCCGUACUGCUUGACCUGGAUGUCAAAGUUUUAAAUGGCCAGGCGGCCACACAGACCAUCGAGGCUUCCACCCAGACUUCCCAGUCCGCCCUGGCUGCCCAGUCAGCUCAGCUCCAGACUGUGACCCUCAGGCGGGGAGGUAGGGGCCCUCGGCGCCCCCGGCCCUUCUCCAUGGUAGACUACCAAAGCUACAGACACACACAGCAGCUGGUCAGCCGCUUCCUGGAGCAGCCGGCCCAUUCCAGCCUGACCCCCGAGGUCCAGGAGCUGGUGGACAGCAUCCGCAGUGUGCUGCGCUCUGACCAGGAACAUAUGGAGGAGGCUGUACGCUGCGCCAGCUAUAUAGAACAGGUGAUAACAGUAUCAGCAGCGUCACCUCCAGACUCAGCUAUACCCCAGUCCCUACCCAGGCUCCGACCCAACUCCCCUCUGUCGAACUACUCCUCUCAGACGCUGCCCCAGCCCCUCCGGAAAAGACCCGGCCUUCUACACCUCCGCAGCUGUGGGGACCUCAGCACCUUCACCUGGGCCGAGCAGCAGCCCCUAGAAGCCCGGCAACGCGGCGGGUCCAGGUCCCGGUCCAGAACGGGUUCCAGAGUGGGUUCUAGGUCAUCGUCACGUGCAGGCUCACGUCUGGAUCAUCAAGAGCGUCCCCACAGCCUCAUAGGGGUGUGCAGGGAAACUGUACUCUGAAGGACAUCCCGGGUCCCAAGCAUUUCAGGCAGAGAGAAAUGGAAAUGUAUAUACAUGUAUUAUUUUUUUUACUGCAACCGCCAAACUCGUGGCACGUGGACACAUAAGAUGCAGACUGAAAUUGACAAUGUUUUUUGAUGAAGUUACUUCUUAUCUCUUAGGCUCAUAGAUUUUUUCUGAAUUAUUUCUUAAUCUGGCCCUUCUAAAGGCCAACACGAUUGACAAGGACUGGCUGGGCAAGAAAAGCCAUUCUAUAGAAUAUAUAGUCCCAAAGAAGGUACUAAGUACAAGCUUUAGUACAGUCUUUGAUUGCACCUGUGUGUAUGCGUCAGACCACCUAGUGGUCAAGUGCGUUGAUUUCUGAUUCAAAUCCCUACAAAUGUCUGUGCCCAUAAGCAAGGCAUUUAACAUGUGUCUACGAAAUGACAAAAAUGAGUGUGUAUGUGUGUGUGUUGUGCAAAAGGUGUGUGUGAGAGUAUGUGUUUUAACUUGUGCUGUGCAUUGUGAGAGAACAUGGAUCACCUUAAACACAUAUAACACAAAAUUAAAAGAUAUCAAAAUGGA